AGUUCAAAAAAGUAUUUUCUCUCCAGAGCGGAGCAGGUGCCCUCGAGACUCAUCCAACGCUUUGGAACACUGAUUUAAGGGAGUGGAAGGGUAGGCCUAAUUCCCAGCAGAGCGAACUGAAAGAAAUUAAACGGUAUCUCACCAACGAGCUAUGCACGAAUGAGACAGCCAAACGUCUAGACAAACUUGGCACCGGGAAGAUCAUUAGCCGUGAGGACCUGCGAUCUGCUUUGGAGAAGGAGGGAAUCCCGAUGGCUCGUGGGCGCCUGGAUAAGAUGGUGUCCUGUCUGAUCGGAAGGGAAGGGGACUCAUUGACAGUGAAGAACCUGGCUAAGGAUAUCAAGGCUUGGAGCCAGGACAUUGUGACCAGGACAAGCGAUGCCAAAUGCAGUCUGGCAGAGACAGAUGAUCUUCCCCUGUACUUGCCAGAGGACACUUGCCUGGAGAGGGGGGUCGCCAUGGGAGAGACAGAGAAUGUGAGGAUCAGUGAGCAGUAUGCCCCUUGUUUUCCAGAGCAACAGCUAUGGAACCAGAGAUCUCUGCCAGCUCGGACGGGUCACCACUGUCCCCAGCGACUGUCCAACAUCAAAGCUGAGCUGUGUCCAAGUACGCCACCGUGGUCGCAGGAGGAGCAGGCUUGCAUCCUGCAGCACCGGCGCUCCAGGGGGAUGGAGGGCAUGCGUGAUGAAGAGGUGCUGGCUAUCAUGAGGAUGCUAUGCCAGAUUGAUCCCAAGCAGGACGCCCACUCCCAGCCGUCCUCUCUGGGAGGGAGCACGGGCCUGGCUGUGGACCGCUUCAGGAGGCAGUGUUUAGGGGAGUACCUGGAUACACUGGAUCAGUGUCGCAAAAAGGGAGUUUCUGUCAGUCAGUCCUCAUUGGAGAAAGUGCUCCUGCACCCGGGGGAUUGUAACAUGAGGGGUCCAGAGCGUCCUGUACUGAGGCAGGCAGGGUCCACCCCGCUCCCAGGCUGUGGGGGCCGUCUGAGGGGCUGGCUCAACUGGGACCAUGGAGCCACCCCCCAGGACGAGAAGGAAGAGCAAGAUAGCCAAGAGGAAGCAGCCACACACAAAGUCCCUAAACUGAUGCCUGUGUACCCCUCCAGAAGAUCAGUCCACCGCAAGCCCAAGAUGAUGACGCUGUCUACUGGUCUUGCUGAGGUUGGGCAUAAGACUGAGUGCUGGAUGACAAGGGAGGAGUAUAUUCGUAUGUCUAGAAACAAGGAGCCCUCCUACAGACGGGCCAACCCUAAUGCUUUCUGGCCUGGCCAGGAUGACCAUGUCAGACUCUAUCUGCCCCAGGUGGGCAUUUCCCCUCAGGAAGUUCUCUUCCAGCACAUCGUCCGCUCUCCAGCUCCCAGCCGUGGGAACUGGCCCAUUGACAGCCAAGGAUACUCCACCUCAGGAGACAUUGAUGGACAUAAGGCCUACACUCUGUAGAUCUAGGUCAAUCCUCUCGAUUGAUCCAAUAUGAAUUUUUCUAUUGAGUGCGUAUUAUACCAAAUGAUGUUUAUUUCGUUUUUGAAAGGUAAUCAAUGGCACAUUGCAGAAGUAUUUUUGAAGGGUCAUUUUUUAUCUUCACCAGCGUAGUGGGAACUGAGGGUAUACUCUAAAAAGACUGUUUUUUUUUUACGAUGUGUGAAUAAAAAAAUGUUUUUAAAAGAAGGGGGUAUACUCUGUAUCAGAAUCAUCUUUAUUGGCCAAGUACAUUUCCACAUACAAGAAAGAAAGAAAGCUUAAUAGUUAGACUUACCAUAGCUUACUGUCAACUUUAAAUUCA